UGGAAACAAAACGAACCGCGACGCAUAGCAAAGCGAAAGGAAGAGAACUCCGAAUGCGUGAAGCUGCAAACCAAAAGAAAAAAAACUACACUUUGUCCAUCGCGUAAAAGCUGCCAUUUUUCGUCCAAAGUGUGAGCGAAGCUGCAUUCAUUCUACCGUUUUGUAGUGUCAAAUUGUGCGUGUUUUAAACCCAAAGUGUUUUAUAAUGUUGAGGAAUCGUUUGGUAAACUUGCCGGUACCGUUUUAGAGCAUAAAAAUGUAAACGAUUUCGUGUAAUUGCUUCGACAGCAUCAGCUAAUCAAAGUGCAAAAAGUCCUUGAGAAAAAUUUCUUCCUACCGGUUUCCCUUUUCGGUUGGUUUGAGUGAGCAAACGAACGCGAAGCGGAAGGGAGAUAAAACGAGAGGGUGAAGUUAUUUUUGUGUAUUGUGUGGCGGUGUUGGACAAUGUCUUCAAAACUGCUGAAUUACCCAGCAGCCAGUUCCAAUCCCCAUCUGGCCACCGGUUCGUCUGCGGCCGGAUCCGCAGCAGGCAGCCGAAACGGAGGUCACGGUUCUUCGCAGCUCAACUUUGAAAAUCUCCAGCUGGACGACAUUCUCUGUACGGUUUGCCAGUCAGUGCUGGUGGAGCCGGUCUUUCUACCGUGCCAGCAUAGGUUCUGCCGGAACUGCUUGAGCGGAACCAUCGAGAAGAACAAUCUAAACUGCCCAUGCUGUCGCAAGCGGUUCGGCACCUGGUAUCGGAAUGCAUCACGAGUGAACAAGCUGGUCCACGAGCAGCUGUGGAGUGCAAUACAGAGCCAAUUUCGGGAUUACUUGGAGGAGGACGGAGCCCGGUGCAACGGGAACGGAAGCUCCGGAACCUGCUUCGCACCACAAACCGAAAGUGUUAUCCGCCUAAGCGAACCGGGCGAAAUUCGCAAAGAGUACGAAAACGAGCUGCAACGAUAUCGUAAAGAGUUGAUCGAGGAGAAAAAGAAAGAACUGGCAGCAUCGGAGAAGUACAUCAUUAACCUAUACAAACAGGAAGGUAUUAUUGACCUGGUGGACAGUAGCGACCACUUGUCAAUAUCAUCCUCGACUAGCACGCCAGAGCAUGAGCGUAACCACGAAGAUGGAGAGCAGCAAAAACGCUCACAGGUAUCCGCCAGUGACGUUCAUGAAUUGGACGAUGACGAAGUUGCAGGACCGUCGGGAUCAGCUUUCACUCAACCCAAAGCUAUUGCCGCCACCAUCAACUGCAAUCAGCUUAGCAAUUCGGUACAACAGUCAUCGAAUGUGAUCAGUAGCAACCAAGUUAGCACUAGUCGCCCUGAAACGUCCAAAUCUGUGUCCAAUGGAAGCGUGAUUUCCAUUUCAUCCACUUCGUCUGCUUCGGCCGCAUCCUCCUCAUGUAUUUCCUCCACCUCAAGUCGAUACAGUUUAAUCAAAUCUGCGCAGCAAACAACGGGAGGUGGCCAUGCGGAGGCAGGCAAACAAAAACACUCAAUCCUCAAUAAGUUCACAACAGCAGGCGGAUCGAAAAAGGUCUUCACCAUGGCCGAUCUUAACAAGAGUGAACUUUGUGUCAAACCUACAAAACUACACCGUAAAUCUCCUAGCAACGAUGACGACGAUGAUCCGGACGAUGGCGAUAGUCUUCGUUCAGAGCUGAACCACUUCAAGCCGAUCAUUGCUACCACCCCAAAGAGCUGCUUUUCACCAAAAGCGAUCAUACGGGUUCCUUCCAUACGACCGGAAAACGCCGGUCCAUUGCCAUUAACAUCAGCGGGUGCCACCAUCGAACGUUUGAGUCCGAGCAAGAGUCCGUUCAAGCCGAUCGACCCAACAACGCCACGUCGGUCAGCGUUUUCCGUGGUGAAUGUCCACCUGCUAACCCCACCGACUACGAGCGACUGGAAUAAGGGCAGCAGCCAACAACAGCGAAACCGCUUGGCAAAGAAAUGUACGCCCCAUUCUGCCAACAGCCCCAAAGACGGUGCAGCGUCCACAACGAAACGACAAACUAACAAAAAGAAGCGAAACAGUCAAAAAAAGGCAAAACCAACAGCUAGUCAACGUAAGCGGAAGCUGGAAUUCUCACCACAGCCUAACAGCAGUAAGGUAAAACCAAACCGAUCCACGAAAGCUACAACGGAACCAGCGAAGCCCCAUCGGUUGACUAGACAAAGCUUCAACAGUGAAGCACUUUUACUUAAAGAGUUAAUUGUUACCGAUCAGCAACGACGUGCAGCUAUGAUCGAACAAGAACGACGUGAUUUUGAAUUCGCACAGAAGCUACAGAAAAAGCUCAACAGGACACGAGGCGCGGCCGCACUACUGAUGGAACCAUUCGGCACUUCGUCCAGAUCGGAAGCAGGAAAUAAUGCCUACUCACUGCGACAGAAGGUGACGUUCACCACUGUGCCGGACAGUGUUAGUUAUUUUAAUUAUGUACACAAUCCUGUACCGGAACCUUCUCGAAAACGAAAGUCAACGGCCGUUCAAUCAGUCACAGCGGGUAAUCAGGAUAAAACUACUCAAAAACAGGUCGGGACCGGCAAAACACCUAAACUGAUAAAACAAGAACCAGUGGAUGAUACUACUGCUGCAGAGACGGGCGAUCCGGUGCGGCGUAGUACGCGGAACAGGCACUAAAGCCAGGCCAGAGUGUCUGGAUGUCAACUUUUUGCAAGGAUUGUGAUGUAAUUAUCAAUGCGACGCAGUUGAUAUUAAUGUGAUCUUAACCUAAGCACACAUGCGUAAUUGCACCGAGCUAACCGGCCCCAAAUGAGUGAGUGAACCGAGGUCCAGUGCCGCUCACGUUUGCGUACGUGUGUAUGUGUGAGGUUUAGUAAGCGUAAGUAAUUUGAACGUGUUUUGGUCUAUUUAUUCCUUUAUUUUACUAUCUUCUAUCAAGAGAAACAACAAUAGAACGAAUAAUGGUUUGGCAAUUUUUAUUUCAAGAUCUGCUUCAGAGCGGUAUUUUUACCUGCCAUCAAACAGGUAUACUUUUCAAUACUGUUUCAAAUGCUAUCAUUUUUUGAAACACUACAAAAGUGUCACCUCCGAUGAAGAUCUGUCUAGAAACGAAUUUUCACUCUUUCUGAUUUUAUUUUAAAAAAUGCAUUCCUUAUUGUUGGCGUACCGUUACUAGAAAACCCAUUGCAACAAAUUCAAUUACCAUCAAAACAAACAAACAAUAACAAAUGUAGUGUGUAAAAUAGAGCAUACAUACGAUAGUAGUUUCAAAUUUGGAAAAAAAAACUUAUCAUCAGUGAUACUCUCGAAAUAAAUAGUCAAAAAACCGAUGUUAUUCACUGAUUCAUAAAGAUUGUGUAACUCGCUGGAAAAAGAUGCCGUGCCGAAAGUGGGAACAUUUGGUGCAUUUGGAAGUUUGGGACUCCUUAUAUUUUUUCUGGUUUGUUUGCAAAAUUUCAGUUUAAUUCGUGUUUCCUUUGCGCGAUGAGCAUCCACUGAAUCUGAAUAGAUUUGGAUAAACUUGUUUGAUCUAUAAACAAAAAUUGUGAAAAAAAUGCAUGUCUAAUACCUCAAACAUUUAAACAGUUGAACAGUUUUGUGUUUGGAAUGAAUUUUCUAAAUUUUAAAUUACAAUGGAUCAGCUCCAGGCAAAUGCAUUGGAACAUCUCUGGUGAAACUCGUUAAAAAUCUAUCCACGUGGAAUGUGGAUGGCACCUCAAGACGUUUUGCAUCCAAACCUAUGGUGCUCUAGAGUAACCAUGGUAAAGAAAGGGUUACUAUACUUACUACAAAGCAAGUCCAGCCAUUUUAAAAUUUUUGUUUUGAGUAGUGAAUGUAGAGUUGACGAUAGAAAACUGAAAUAACUGGCAAAAUAGGAUAUUAUUAGAUUUAAUAUCCUAUUUGUCCAGUUAGUUUAUGUCUUUAUCGUCAAUUCUACAUUUACUGCUCGAAAUAAAAGCUUAAAAAUAAAGUUUAAUGUAUUGGCAAAAGAAUGCUUCCAUUACAGUUCUAGAUCAGAGGGGGGCAAAGUGAUCGAAUAUCCAGAACCAAAUUUUUUUGGCUCUAUUUUGGGCCUCGAACGAUCUUAAACUUCCCAGAGGUCAAUAGGGUUUGUCUUCGCUUUUCAGCAUUGCCCCCUCUAGGAUUUCUGUAGAGUUGAUCAUACCGUUACUAAUUUUGCUUCUCAAAAUUGUACAGUUGACCGUAGAGGAGAAUUUCUAAACAAUAAUAAUUUUUUUUUAUCGACCACACCAAAAUAGUAGUGAAUCUACUUCAACAAGGAAACAAUUUAAUAAAAAUAAUGACGUGAUUGGAUUUACGCAUUUACUCUUUUUUGCCCUACCUCUUCAUCUCUUCCUCUGCCUUCAUUGACGCGCGUUUUUAUUUUAACAACAAACAGGUAUCAAAAUCCAAAAGCGGAUACUUUCCCGAAUCGUGCAGGUGUUCUAACUAUGGACUUCGGUUUAUAUCACCACAAAUCAAAUAUUUCCUAAAAAUGAAAAAAGAACAGCAGAGUAGAUAUUUAGUUUUUUUUUUGUCGACAUCCCCCAGCUACUGCUGCAGUGCCGAAAUCGGAUCCCACGAGAUAUACAAAAGUAAAAUAAAAUUUGAUGUACCGUUUUCAAUAAAAAAUUAGGCCCCUUAGGAUUUUUCUUAGUUGCCUAAUUUGGUAAAAAUACCCUUUUGUGAUACUAGUUUUAAUCUAUUUUAUUGAACUAAUAUUUCACAUGUUAUAGGACAGUUGACGGCUUCUAAUUAACUCAUCUACCUACUCAUGUUUCACCUAGAAAUUAAACACAAUAUUUCUUACUUUAAAUUUUGAAGACUGAACUUGCCUACAGAAGAAUUAAAAGUGGUAACGUUUUACAAGCAAACCUAAACUUCAAGUUUAACUUUUGUUAACGAAAUUAUGAGAUUAACGGUGAGAAAAUAUGUUCAAAAUUAUCUGAGGUGAUCCGACUAUUUGUCAGUUCAACGAGAGUGGUAGAGAGUCCGCUGUGACAAGUGGGUGGUCGGAGGUUCGGUUUCCAGCAGAACUCAGGCCAUUUGAUGUCAACGGACCCGAGCAUUAAUGUAGUCUCCAAUGUAACUCCUUUUGGCAAAAAUAAGUACCGCUUACACACAACAAUUCAGAGGGAUAUUCAGUUGAAACCUUUCCAAGGAAUUAUAAUUGGCAUUAACAUUGCCAGGCUCGGAGCAGUAAAAGUGUAAAAUAGAAGGGUGAAUAGCAUACGUAACCGUAUAAUAAUAUAAGUAUGGCACUCAAUCUCAAUAGAGGUAUUGCUAAUAAUAGAAGUGCGGGAUACAGCAGUUGCCCUGGGAAUAUCUCUGAACAUCAAUGUUUAUGGGCGCAAUGAGUGGUCGCUUAAACGCUAUUUUUGACGUAAAAUUACGUCUUACGGCAACAUACACAGGGGACCAGUUUCAUUACAGGGAUCCAAUUUCAAAAACCAAAAACAUCGAGAGCGUCACAAAAAUUGUCCAUUUUCAACCGUUUUAAGCUCAGUCAGUUUCCAACCGAUUUCCGUCAUUUUUGCAGUAAUCAAUUGGAAAAUCAACCAAGCACCCGUCCAAAUGCAGAAAGUUGUAAUCUGAUUGUUCGAACGAUUAUACUAUUGAAAAUUGUCAAGCCUUGUCGAAACGCAAAUGUCGACCUCUGAUUGGUCGCACAAUGCUUUCUUCCCUAACAAGGUCGACAGAAUAUACCUAGUUGACUAAGAAUGCGCGCUUUGUGUUUUAUUUAUAAUUCAUUCCAUGAUUGUGCCGAUACCACACGGACGUUGGUUGCUGAUCGUGAAGAAGAAAGAAAAGCCGGGUUUCAAUUUUUGGCUGAUCGCGCUGGGCGCGUUGAUACUUAAGUUGAUACGUGCGAAAAAAAAUCUUUGUCAGAGCGGAUAUCGCGCGCUAUCUGGACCAUGAAGCAUUUAUGCGAUAAUUGAAUGAAAUUUUCAAAGCAACCAGUCUUUUUCAAGGUUACUAAAUAUAUUUGGAAGAGCAUAAUAAAUGGUUAUUACUAAAUUGCAACUUUGAUUGCAGUUUGAUGCUGCUGCAAUUGCGCAGCAGUGUGAUGUAUAUUACGAUUCAUUAACACUGUGCAUCACAAGCGGUAUAUGUGAAACAAAUCCGAUUCCAAACAGAAAAGUUCAGCAAGUUCCGCUCACGGUGCUGAGUCCGUUUUAGAAAAUUCAUAACACUUCAUUAACAAAUAUGUAACGUCUUGAAGAAGACGGUUGUUGCUUGACAUCACAGCAUAUUUGUGACCCUUAUACCCGAUACGUGACAGGAACAUCUUCAAGCUGUGCAACACACGAUACAUGUUAUAUUGUUGCCUUUAUAAGGCAACAAUAGGUUGACAAGAAGAAAGUAACAAUUUACUUGGAGUAGCAAACGUACGGUGGUCUGAACUUUGCGGCAAGUGAAAUAGUAGAACGUUUGUUGUAAUCCGCCAACCGGGAAGCAACCGAAAAUGUUUCUCCUUACAACGAGGUUUGACCUGUUGUGACAAAUUUCCUGGCUCCUUUGUCGUUUGUCUCUGGUGCCAUCUCAAUGAUGACACAUUUGUUGGCAGGUACACAGUUGACGAUAUAAUAUGCGCUUUCACGCUCAAAUUUCGCUUAUAUACCGACAAACUGUGAGCAGCGUAGCCCAUCCUCUUUUUUACGAACGUAGUAGAAUGAUAUAACUGGAAAUAUUUUUUUCAGUUAUCCCAUUCCACAACGUGCGUAAAAAAUCUUUGUCAGAGCGGAUAUCGCGCGCUAUUUGGACCAUGAAGCAUUUAUGCGAUAAUUGAAUGAAAUUUGCAAAUGCAGCAACCAGUCUUUUUCAAGGCUGCUAAAUAUAUUUGGAAGAGCAUAAUGAAUGGUUAUUACUAAAUUGCAACUUUGAUAGCAGUUUGAUGCUGCUGCAAUUGCGCAGCAGUGUGAUGUAUAUUACGAUUCAUUAACACUGUGCAUCACAAGCGGUAUAUGCGAAACAAAUCCGUAAAUGUCAAUUUACUAAGUUUUCAUCAUUACAAACCAGUCACUUCUUACAGCAUCUCGAUCAUACUCAUGGUUCAUAACAAUUUACAAAAGGGGCAUCUUUGCCGAUUGAGGAUUCCGGCCUUUCUUUGGGUAAACUCCGUCUUUUUACAGCAUCAUGAAAUACAAACAAUCUUCAUAUAAGUAUAUGAAUAUGACCAAGGAUUUUGACGAUACCUUCGGAGAAUUAAAAUUCUUUCUGCUUUGUUUAUUUUAAACAUUUAACAAGGCUGAAAUUACUAACUGUUACUGCACAGUUCAAUUGUCUGGUAAAUACAACUAAUAUCAAACAUUUAUGAAUUGAUUAUACGAUUUUUUUAUGUUUCUUUCAACAGAGUCGACUUGAGCACAUCGAUUAGUGCGUUUUCGACGUAGAAUUUUGUCUUACGGCAACAUAUAUAGGGGUACAAAUUGUAAAACCGAAAAUGAACGAGCGUCACGAAUAUUGCCCACUUUCAAAAGUUCUGAACUCAGCUAGUUUCCAACGGAUUCCGUUUAUUUUUAAAGCAAAAAUAAUAUACGAAACAAAUACGGAAAAAUAUAUCGCUUCACACCAUUAAAAUGAUUAACCCUAAUCGAGUGUAUUUCCAAAGCUAUUGCAAAAAAUUAUUGCCCUAAGACAGGCUGUCGUAAUUCUACGUUAACCUUGCGGUCGUUUCUUAUAAACAACCUCUUCCACUUUUUGCAACAUAUAUUUUAUACUAGUGCAACUUUUGAAUAGACCCUUUAGGGAAAUCAAUUAUGGUUUAAUAUAAAGAGCUAAUAAAAAAAACAUUUUUGUGAUUUUUGUAACGUUUUGUGGGUAAUAGAAACCCCUAAUUUUUAAAAACUAAUAUUUGUGCGCAGAAUAGUAUUAUCACAGACUAACAGACGUAACACUGGAACCAAGUUCCAUCUCCACUAAAAACGAUCAUUUCAAAUUUUCAUUCAAAUAACAGUCGGCGCGCGACAAUGCCGUCUGAGACGCUGUCAUGCUAUCUCAAACAUUUUUCCUAGUUCCCAAUUUGACACAUGCACGUACGCUAGCGCUGUUGUCAGAGUACAUGACGCAGCGCGAACACGGCAGCAGGUGGUGCUAGUGUCACUCACGUAAACUACUGUUAUCAUCGGAACGAUGGAUUGAUUGAUAAUUUGUUUAAAGUUCAAAGUUGUCUGUUUGUCUGUGGUAUCAUCUUUAAUAUUAAGAUCGAGCACCUGAUGUUGGUUUUUUGUUAUAGGAGUCACUUCACGGUGAAAUCAGAACCCUAUUAUGGGACUCACAUAAGUCAGAAAAACGUUGCAAAGGGACAUCUGCCGUGAUAUCUGGGUUAUUAUGAGUGUUAUAUCACUGAAGUGACUGAAGUGGACCGGAAAAGUGAAGUUUCCACAUCCCUGUCACGAAUGUCAUCCCCAUACAUUUCGCUUGAAGCCGUUUUUCUCUGGCUCUCUGGCUCGAUUAUACGUCAAAAGGCUGUCAGUGCUUGCGAAACAGCCGCUUAAGCACCGUCCAUGAAGGAUCAAUUGUUGCUCCGUAGAGUAACACAUGCGGCACAAUGAACGGAGCGUAUGACCAUAUUUCCAACAGUAACGCCAUCACCAUCGGCGGAGGCUUCAGGAAACUUGCCAUGACAUCGGUCUGGAAGUUUCACGUGGAGUUAUUUCACGACCAUUUUGAACGGUGAAAUGAUUUCACGAAGACGGGGGUGGUUUUAAAAUCGAUUGAUUUGUGAUCCAAUGAUAAUAUAUAUUUUGGUAUUUAUUUUUCAGUAACCACGCGAAUCAGAAACAGACAUUGGUGUAACUAAGGAAGAAUCCUUGGGGGCUAUUUUUCAUGCAAAAGCGGUAUAGCAUUUUUUUUUACUGCUUGUAUUCCUCGUGGGAUUCGAUUUCGGCACUGCAGCAGUAGCUGGAGGAAGUCGACAAAAAAAAUACCGAAUAUCUACUCUACUGUUCUCAUUCUUUUUCAUUCUCGGGAAAUAUAUGAUUUGUGGCAAUAUGAACCGAAGUCCAUAGUUGAAAUCACCUACCGGAAUCGGCGAUUUCUUUAUUUGGACAACGAAAUUUCAAACGGUGAAAGAAAUUAUCAUUUGAAUUCCCAGGCCUCUAGUGCCAACUGUACAAUUUUGAGAAGCAAAUUCAGUAAUGGUAUGAUCUACUUUAGGAAGAGCUACAGAAAUCCUAGAGGGGGCUAUAUACCCCCUAGCCCCCCCGUAGGUACGCCAAUGUUUUUCAAUUUUGUAAUCUGCAACAAAAAUUUAUUGCAAGAAGUAAUGGCAAAGAUGAUAUGGCUUGAUGAGGUGUCCUCUGAUAACAACACUAUUGCAAGAAAUAUUGCCGAUGACACUUCGGGUUAUAUUAUAUUUACUUAGCUUUUGCAAUCGGACUUUCAGAAAUCGUACCUCAAAGGAAGUAAAACUUCGCAUUUUUGGUCGAUGAAACACAAACUCUUGAAUAUUUGAUAUCGAAAAAAUUGUUUAUGCCAAAUGUCGUAGAAAUGGAUUAAUCGUCGAGAUCUGGUAUUUAAAAAAAAAUUAAACCGACUCUGAGAAUCAGUAUGCUCUCGUACUGGAAGACAGAAAGCUGAUUCUUUUAAAAAAGUCACAUUUGGCAUAAUCUUUUUUUUAUAUGUAUAAAAAAAUUUAUGCUUAAUUCAUUGGCCAAAAAAGUGAAGCUUUAAUCGCUUUGAGGCACGACUUCUGGAAGUCCGAUUGCAAAAGCUAAGUUAAUCUUGUUUUCGAGCAGUAAUAAUGGAAUCAAAUUCUCGAAAAAUACAGCAAAGUUUUCAGUAAAAUCUAACUUUCAUGUAAGAAUACUUCUUGUGCGAAAUAUUUGCUUUAAAGUUGAAAUUAUUAGUGGAAUGUGAAGGCAUGUUUUGUAUCAGGAUCGGAUCAGAACUGAAACAUGAUAGGAACAGCUUACUUUUGAGACUUCACCGCUCCACUUUACCUGUGCUUGAUAUUGAUGGGUUUCACGAAGGUACAAUUCAUGGAAAAGUUUUUGUUAGAAAAACUUUCUUUGCUUGAGUGUCCAUUUUUGAAUUUAAACAUGGUGGCGAACCAGCCUGUGGCUGAAAGCCACCCUAAUAAAGUAAUAAAAAAAAAAAAGAAUUCAAAGAAAAUUUGUAAGCAAUUAAAUUGCCUUCCUUAAAAAAACUUGAAUUCAAAUGAAUCUGAAAUAAAAUGGCUGUUCCGAUUUUGAUACAUUUUUCGUUCCGAUCAUGAUUCACUCUGUUCCGAUUCUAUGGUCAGAUAAAACGAGACAAAUUCACGUCGGAUUCGCUAUGGAUUACAGUUUCUGUAAACUAUAUGCGCAGAUUGUUUCGACAAACGUAAUUUGCUUAUGAUUUCAUGCGGUAAUAAUGGUGAAAAUGUAACAAGAAAAUCUAUGUACUAAGAAAAUAGUCUAAAUUGUUCCAAUCAUGAUACAUUACCUUAGUCAAUAAUAGGCACUCGGCUGAGUAAAUCUGAUUUUUAUAUCAGCCUAAAGUUCUUUGUGCUUACAAAAAAUCUAACUGGGAGUAUUUACCGAUUUUUUGUGCUCAUUUUCCCAUAGUCAGACAGCCAUCAAUGUAAUGGUAGUUUUAUGCAGUUUUCUUUGAAAAAUAAUAAAACGAAACCUAAUGAGAUAAAAAAUUUCCAAUUUUGAUGAGAAAAAAAAAAUUUUUUUUCGCGGUGUACAUUUUCUUCGGAAAGGCAAAACUAUUAUCUACAACUUUGCUAAAAACGUCGAUGCGAUCAAACAAACACACUUUACAUCUUGACAUCAAAUCCAAAUAUACAAAUUAUUAAAAUUUUAAAAUUGGGACAUUUUUUAUGGAAUUGCUUUAAUUCAAACAGUCUACUCACCUGAACAAAUAAUAAAUUCAUCCAUGGCGAAAAAAAAACGGCAACCGAACAAACACAGAAAAGAAUUGAAGUGAAGCGUGGGUCAUGUUUACAUGCCUGCCGGGGUAUGAAGUUGUUGAGGAAAGACAUGCUUUCUUCGUCCAAAUAGCCAGCAUUUUGCUAUUGGUUAUGAAAAUUAAAACUGAAUCAACUCACCAAGGUCAAUUGUUUCGUUUUUAAAAGUGUUUACAUUGAACAUUCACGUUAUUGAAAAAUACUAGAUAAAAAACAAUUCUCCAUUUGGUUGCAAUGCAACCAACAUCCAAUUUUCUUCGUAAUACACCGAAAAUGCAGCCAAAUGUUCCAGAUAAGUGAUAACUACUCAAAACCCCCCUUUCGGAAAUCUAGCACAACUUGUAAUCCAGGCGAGAGUAUAAGAAAGAUGGCGCAAGGCCUGUGCAGGGCAGCGAAACAAAUCAAAAACCAGUCAAGUAUUAGACUCAAGUAGACAAUUCAACUCAGUGUUACCCCUUUCCCAGCCAACGUAAAAGAACAAGACAAACUGUUGUUCAAAAAUUUCCAUGUUUCAAUUUUGCAAAUGAAACCAACUAAAAAAACGCAGAAAACCGUAGCUAAACCGUUGAUAUCCACUGGUUGUUAAAUUCAGAUUUUUCUACGGAAUACUGUAAAAAAACUCUUACUAAAUCGAAUAGACGUUACUAACCAUCAACUUGUACACUGCGGCAGCGGUAGUCGUCUUUUUUGUAACACGUUGUAGUAAUUGCUUCUAAUGACCGGACAGAAGAAGAACCGUUUGCAUUUAAGGAAAUCUAUAUACAUACAUAAAUUAGUCGUUAUGUACUAGCAGGGCGAAGUGUGAAUUUACAAUUCAAUAACAAAUAAGAGAAACAUAAACACAAACACAAAUUAAGUGAUACAAUUAGGCAGCCUGAACGUGAUUUAUUUCAGCCGUUUUUUUUGCGAACCACGGUUGAAGAUUUGCGCGCAAUCCUUCGAAUAUUUGUAUAGGGUAGAACCGAAGUUAGAGGGUCAUAUUUACCCGUUCUACCAACUAUUAAUACGUGAAACCUAGUGCGAUAUUUAGCUUGAUAUAUAUAUACUGUCAAAAUGGACACAAAACGGUGGAAUCGAUUAUAGUCACAACACACAUUUAAACCCAGACAACAAACCACACGAACUAAUGCAUGUAAAUGUUGAACAUUUUUCGUUUGUUUGUUUUUUUUUCUUACGCUAAGCAUUAUCAAACAUCUAGGAUUGAUAAUACUAGAUUUUACUAAUACCAGAAAAAAUGGAUUAAGCCAACCGUAUUAUAUAAACGCCAGAAAAAUAAACUUGAUGAUGAUCGUCGAUCGAUGAA